UUGAGUGAUGGUUGGAUGAGCCCAUUUCUGGAGUGCGGGGCGGAAGGGGGGGGUGCUGCGCUUGGCCCCUUGGCCCAUUGGGAGGAGCCUGGGCCUGGGUGAGGAAUUGAAUCCAGCGGCGUCAGACCGGGAGAGCUGUGUUGGUGAAAGUUUUGUUGAUUGUGCCACUGUCUGUUACACUUUUGAGCAGGUCUGUGUGCUACUUGCUAUGCCGCUGCCCGUUGCGCUGCAGACCCGCUUGGCCAAGAGAGGCAUCCUCAAACAUCUGGAGCCCGAACCAGAGGAAGAGAUCAUUGCUGAGGACUACGAUGAUGAUCCUGUGGACUAUGAGGCCACUCGGUUGGAGGGCCUGCCACCAAGCUGGUACAAGGUGUUUGACCCUUCCUGCGGGCUCCCUUACUACUGGAAUGUGGACUCAGACCUCGUAUCCUGGCUCUCCCCACAUGACCCCAACUCUGUCGUUACCAAAUCUGCCAAGAAGCUCAGGAGCAAUAAUGCAGAUGCUGAGGAGAAGUUGGACCGGAACCACGAGAAGUCGGACAGGGGCCAUGAGAAGUCUGACCGUAGCCACGAGAAGCCGGACCGGAACCAUGACAAGUCAGACCGGAACCAUGACAAGUCUGACAGAGAUCGAGAGCGUGGCUAUGACAAAGUGGACAGAGAGCGAGAGCGGGACAGGGAAAGGGAUCGGGAUCGUGGGUAUGACAAGGCAGACCGAGAAGAGGGCAAAGAACGACGCCACCAUCGUCGGGAGGAGCUGGCUCCCUACCCCAAGAGCAAAAAGGUGGCCAGCCGAAAGGAUGAAGAAUUAGACCCCAUGGACCCCAGCUCCUAUUCAGAUGCCCCCCGGGGCACGUGGUCAACAGGACUCCCCAAGCGGAAUGAAGCCAAGACAGGUGCUGACACCACAGCAGCUGGGCCCCUCUUCCAGCAGCGUCCAUACCCAUCCCCAGGGGCUGUGCUUCGAGCCAAUGCUGAGGCCUCUCGAACCAAACAGCAGGAUUGAAUCUUUGCUCUCCUCGGCCCUGGGAGCUUUCUCUUCCUUCCUUCCUCCCCCCACCCCUUUUUGCAGUGCUAGGAUAGAACCCAGGGCCUCAUGCAUGCUAACCAAGUACUCUACCACUGAGCUACACCCCAGUUUCCCUGGAGUUUUUAAUAAAAGCUUUUCUGUGAUCAUA